AGCGAGUCAACUCGAAACGCCAAAGCCAAACCGCGCCAUGGCCAAGAAGACACGGCGGUCUUUGCGCAGGGGCCUCUUGCUGUGUGCCCUUUGUGCCGUCGCAGCCGCUGGCGUUCAGAGCCUAGGCUUCGCGAUGGCGAGGAGAUUGGUCGUGGGGGCUUUGGCUGGCAGUUUGCUGGGCGCUAGAGAAGCGCACGCGGUGAAGCAGGCGGACAAGGACAGGUUGAUCACGGGCUACAAAGAUUUGGUCUACAUGAUGCAGAACUUCAACAAGGUCACCAGGAAGUGCGAUAAGAACCAGGAGAAUGUCCAGCGAGCUCUGCAGUCCGGACAGAAUUCGCCGGACAGCUGCAUCGCCCAGCCCCUUGUGGUGCGAAAGUAUUUGGGCCAGACCUCCAUCAAAGCCAACCUCUUCGACACCAAGAACCUCUUGGUGAACCUUGAGCUUGACGGCUUGGUCCCGUCCAACAAGGAAGAUGAGUACGGGGAUUUGGUGGAGGACUUCGAGAAGUUCAAGCGAGAGUCCGACGAAUGGGCAUAUUCCUCGUCCUGGGCGGAGGCCAAUCCUGGUGGUGGCCGCGACAGAACAGAGGACUACUUGCUGCGGUCCAAGACCCAGGCGGAGAAGGCCACGAAGACUUUGGGCAAGAUCAUGGAGAUCCUGGGCUUGUCAGAGAAUCUCUACAAGUGAGUGAACACGUGCCCGACGGUUUUUAGUCGGGUUUCGGUUUGGCCGGUUUGGUCCGGCGGUGAAUGUUUGGAUUGCAGUGAAGGAGUCG